UGAAGCCGCUGCCCGCCGACAAGCAGAUCGAGACCGGGCCCUUCCUCGAGGCGGUAUCCCACCUGCCGCCCUUCUUUGAUUGCCUCGGGUCCCCAGUGUUUACUCCCAUCAAGGCAGACAUAAGUGGCAACAUCACGAAAAUCAAAGCCGUGUACGACACCAACCCCACCAAGUUCCGGACCCUGCAGAACAUCCUGGAGGUGGAGAAAGAGAUGUACGGGGCAGAGUGGCCCAAGGUGGGGGCCACGCUGGCGCUGAUGUGGCUCAAAAGGGGCCUGCGCUUCAUCCAGGUCUUCCUCCAGAGCAUCUGCGACGGCGAGCGGGAUGAGAACCACCCCAACCACAUCCGCGUCAACGCCACCAAGGCCUACGAGAUGGCUCUCAAGAAGUACCACGGCUGGAUCGUGCAGAAGAUCUUCCAGGCAGCGCUGUACGCGGCGCCCUAUAAGUCCGACUUCCUGAAAGCGCUCUCCAAGGGACAGAACGUGACAGAGGAGGAGUGUCUCGAGAAGGUCCGCCUCUUCCUGGUCAACUACACGGCCACCAUCGAUGUCAUCUACGAGAUGUACACGAAGAUGAACGCAGAGCUCAACUACAAGGUGUAGGCGUGCCCGGCAGCGGCCACGCCCCCUGCCACGGCCACGCCCCCGGCCGCGGCCAAUCAUAGGAACAGGCAGCCGGCAUCACUGUGAACCAAGCCACCAGGCUGCCCCCUGGCUCAGUGCCCCAGGGCAGCCCAGAGUCCAGUGGGGUCUGCAGGGCACAGCCUGGUUUUUGUCUUUUUUUUUUUUUUUUUUUGGUCUAUUCCAAUGGAGCAAUAAAUAACAGCCCUACUUCUAAAUCUCCUUCGAAUUCCACAACAGCACAGACUGACAUUUUAUACCUUCAUUUCGGUGUGGUCAAAGCCGAUUAACGUCUCUAAUAAACCAGGUCCUAGGGUUUUGUGUGUGUGUGUGUGUGUGUGUGCGCGCGUGUGUGUGUUGCACACACACCCCCGCCCCCGCAUGGAGCGCUGCUCUGGGGGCAUGAUGUCAAGCUUUGAAAACAAGCACGUGGCCUUAGAGGAUCUCGCUGAGUGAGGUGUUUGGGGUAUUUUAAGGACGAUGAAGAGUUCCAUUUGAAAUUACGCAGGGCCCCUGUCAUGGGGGUUUUUUUUUUAAAACGUGGGCGACUGGUGUGCAUUCUGGCGUGUGCACAGCCCAACCUCACAGCACUGUCAUGAUACACCCCGCUCUUUCUGUCUUUUUCCAGACAGGCUUUUCUUUGUUUGUGUUUUGUUUUUAAGCUAAAAUCAACCAACAAGCCUUCGAUAACCAAGGGGCAUUUCUUUCAAGCUCUCCAGUACAACAAUUGACCGCGGAUGACUGCAUUCAUACUUUCCCUCAUCAAUAUUUUCUUCAGGGACAGCUUUUCCAAACUAAGAGUCUUCCUACCACGUAUAUCGUCUCGCGAGAAGAGAACCCUUCAGCCGCUGAGACCCCAAAAAAUGCCUCGUUGCCUUAACUACCCUUCAUGGCACUCAGAAGAGCUGCAAUUUUUAAAGUAUUGGGGCAAACAGACAACCCCAAAGGACUGAUGUGUGUUAAAAAACCCAAUGAGGAACAAUUGGUGAUUUUUAUGCAGAAACUAAAUCCUUAAUAAAUAAAUCUAUUUUGGAAUCACAA